AUAAGAAAAAGAAGAAAAAGUGUAGGUUAUGAAUUGGGAUGUCAAAAAGUCAAAACUGAAAUUUUAAAAGAGGGAAACCUUAAAAUCCCAGCAGAAAAAGAGGGAAAACUCAGGUAGGAAGUUGGUUAUGUGCUAAUAAUUUUUUGUGUUUUCAUUUCAAAGAUGUAAUAAUUUUGUGAAACCAAAAAUGCUAGGAGAUUAGAGCUAUGAAAUCAGUGAAAAAUCUCAUUACAAAAAUGGCAAAUACAUUGGCUUCAUCCAAAUCAGAAUUAUGCCACCCCUUUACUGUAGCUGUAGAAGGAAACGUGGGCAGUGGAAAAACGACGUUUUUAAAUCAUUUCAAUAAAUACGAGAAUGUAGCAGUCUUUGCAGAACCUAUAGAAUUGUGGAGGGACUGUGAUGGAUAUAAUCUUUUAGAUUUGAUGUAUAAGGAUCCAAAGAAAUAUAGUUUCACCUUCCAGUCAUAUGUACAGCUUACAAUGCUGAGACAGCACCAAAAAAAAAUUCAGCAGCCUGUGAAAUUGAUGGAGCGUUCUAUAUAUAGUGCAAGGUACUGCUUUGUUGAAAAAAUGUCCAGAGAUGGUUUGAUGGCGCCCCCUGCAGUGGCAGUCAUUGACCAAUGGUUCCAGUAUGUUACAAAAUCUCAAGAUACAAAUCUAGAUUUGAUUGUGUAUCUCAGGACUUCUCCAGAGGUAGCCUAUGAACGAAUCUUGAAAAGAAAUAGGUCUGAGGAACGUACUGUACCUUUUGAAUACAUAAAAGCUCUACAUGAGAUUCAUGAAGAUUGGUUAAUGAAGAAAACUCUGCACAAGUGUAAUGCACCAGUCAUUGUUCUCAAUGCUAAUCUUGAUAAAUCUGUGAUUGAGGAAGAAUACCAGAAGUAUGAGCCACAUAUUCUCAAUCUCAAUAAGUCACCUUUAAGGGCCAAAAGCUAUUGAUAAUUCAUUUGAAUGAAUGUUCAAUUAUUUAAUUUACAGUUUGAAAUAUCAUCUUUUGAUUUGUGCAUUUAUGAUUUUCACACCAUAAUAGUGUAUAACUUUAUUUCUUAAUUUUAUAUCUGUACUUAUUGUUUUCAUUGAAAUAUAAUAGAACAAUAAUAUAUUAGUUAAGUGUUAGACAAAAUGGUGUCUCUUUAUGAAUUGAAUAUUGACAUUGAAAUUCUCAGUUUGAGAGUAUUUAUCUAGACCCAAUGUUACCUCAUUGUUCUGAAAUAAUUACAAGAAGAUUUUACAACAAUGGCAGAUAAUUCAAUUGCUUGCUUCCUAAAUAGAAAUACUGCUUCCUUUUACUGUAGCUGUUGAAAUAUUGAAAGUGGAUAAACUACAUUCUUAAAUCAUCUCAAUGAAUACCAGAAUGUAGCUGUCUUCACAGAACCCUUGGGUCUAUGAAUGAACUGUAAUGAUCAAAACUCAUUAGUAAGUGAUCUGCUGAUCUAAUAUUUUGGUGAUAUUUUUAUGCUAGUUGUUUGUUUCCUAGCAAU